AAAUAAAUUACUUGAAAAAUGUUUGCCAAAGGAAAACCAAAUCUGUUUGGAUCGGUUAAGAUCGCAGUACAAGUGGUGUACUUAUUAUCAAUUAUAAUAGACAUGUAUAUCAUCGCUGAAUCGGAACUGCCGGCGAACUUUAAACCAGAAUCCAAAAUUCAAUGGGCGAUACUAAUGAUGACAGCGUUUGAUAUGGUAUUCGCUUUAAUUGGUAUAUACGGCGCGAUCAGAGAGUUGAAAAUGAUCGUGAUGGUGGUGUUGGCGUCCAACAGCAUCCAGGUGCUAUACGCUGGAGGCACUGGUAACCUUAUGCUAGGCCUAUGGUCACUGGUACGGGCUUUAAUGACAGGUAUAUUUUUGUACUUGGUCGAUUUGAAACAACAGAAAGGCCUUGAUCUUAAGCCACAGUCUACUCGCGCUACACACCUGGUCUACGGCUUGGGCUCUAACUAUUUGGGAGCACUCGGUUUGGGACACAACCGGGCGGUCAAAUCAGCGCAAAUUAUACCCCAAUUGUGUUACAAAACAAUCCGACAAUUCAUCAAUGGAUACGACUUUGUACUGUCUAUUACUAACGAUCACUGUGUGUACGGCUGGGGCUGUAAUGGUUGGGCUCAGUUGGCCCGCGAGGUCGGUGUGGCCAAGGGUUACGCCAAACCCGACAUAAUCGCAGCACUCAGUAGAAAAAACAUACGUGAAAUCAGUUGUGGUUUCAGUCACUCUCUGGCCCUUACGGGCGACGGCUGUGUCUACGGCUGGGGGUAUAACCGGUUCGGACAGGUGGGCAGCGAUCAGCCUAUAUCGGCC